AUGAUGGACGAAGAGGAUGGGGAACCCAAACGACGCAGAAAGAAGCGUAAGAUUGAGACUGAAGUUCCGCGAAAAUCAAAUCGUAUUUUGAUAGCCAAGUUUAACGUCUACAUCCGCUAUCUAAUUCUGGAAGUAGACCAGAACAGCAACAACCCACAUACCGUGAUGCGAAUGGCCAACAUCAUUCAAAUGUUUCGAUAUGCUCAAGACCGAAUUUACUCUUGUGUGGACGCCAAAGAUGACGAAGACGACAUGGAAAAUGUUAAACAAAGCUGCCUCUUGUACACCAUCAACUUCCGCAUCACCGUCCCCGGUCCAGAGACGGGAAAGCGACAGAACGACACUUGCUUCGACAUGUUUAAGGAAGAAUCUUGCGUCCAGGCAGCCAUUCACCAGACCCCUUGUCAACGACUACGUUUCACACUGCUUAAACCAAGCAAGAAUACAACGGCUCGAACAGUAGUGCUGAACCCGCGCGAACGCAAAAGCUACCUACUCAACAUGGCGUUCUACUACGCCCACAUUCCUGAUUGGUUCCGCAGAAAGGGCAAAGAUCCUUGGGGUGAUGACGAGCCCAUGGUUAUAUACCGGAAGAAGAAGAAUGCCAUUGUCCACGAGCUGCUUCGAAACUUAAAGGCAGAACUAUGGGCAUAUCUUGCAUGGGUCGAGGGCGGCAUGAUUGGUCCACUGCACGGCGGUGAUGAAAAGGGCAAAAAGCCUCCCCAGGAAAGCCAAUGGGUUUUCGCAGCACAUGGAAUAGACAAUGAAUCAGCACUGCAGCAGGAGGAGCCCGACUGGGCCGACGACGAGGACUUUGAGCUAGCAGUGGACGAUGACAAUGACGAUGAUGGCGAUGGCUACGAAGUGGAUGAAGAGGAAGUUGAAGACGAUGACGAAGACGAGUACCAUGAGUAA